AUGCGCGCUCGAGCGCGCUUUCUCGCCCCGCUGCUCAUCGCGUUCGCGCUCGCUACGAGCGCACUCGUCGUCUUCGCCGCGCCGUCGUCCGCGCCGCGAGCGCGCUCUCGAGCGACGGCGUCGCAACCGUCGAGUUCGCGUCCUCGAGGUGAUGACAGGACCGUCGACAGGAACGAGGUCCAGGCGUUUCUCACGCAGGCGCGGGACGAGUUUUUGGCCGAUAACACCAAUCGAGGGUCUUCUGCGCGUCGCACGCCCGCGACGACGUCGGCGCAGGAGGCUGGUUUGGAUUGGAUCGCGUCGUUCUUCUCGCCUCGGGAUCGUCGGCGCGCGGCUGCGUCCGCUCGCGCGCGCGGUCGACGCAACCUGCCUCCUGUUGUCGUCGACGACGUCGGUAUCGAGUUCUAUCUCACCGCUCGAGCGUUUGCUCAUUCCAAUUCUGUGAGUGAUCGGAACGGCCGGAUGUCGAUCGCUCGCGCUGAUGAACCAAAUCAAUUUCAAUGGUGGUAUGAUUUUAUUUUUGCAACCCAGCAGCAGAUUAUUGGUUGCGAAUCCUCUGAAUCGUGCGCGAGCGUCUGGCACGGCUUUGGUGAAGACGGUCUUGUUUGCUGUGAAAUAGGCGCUGAGUUCUACGGUAACCCGCACUAUUCGUGCGUUGAAGACGCGGACCAGUGUUUGGAGCUGACAACGUGCGUCACGCACCAAGAGUGCGGCGUCAAUCAAGUGUGCUGCGCGACGAAGGCACUUACGGAUGACAAAGUCUGCGUCAAAAGUUUCCGUGACUGCGAAAAAUAUUGCAAUUCCGACGCAGAAUGCAAAAACGACAAGGGUGAGCAGUGUUGCUACGAUGGUAUCCUCGGAUAUAGCACAUGUCAGAAGGAUGUCGAUGUUUGCCCGCCGUCGCCGCCUGACUGCCCAACUACGGGCACGCCGAAGUGUCGCUCUAACUCCGAUCAAACGUGCUGUGGAGGUGUGUGCUGCCCAGCGGACGAGGAUGACAAUCAAUGGCUUUGUUGUGUACUUUGUGGCGAGCAUGUGUGCUUCCGAGGGACCCCGGAGAAUCAAUUCCAAUGCCCGGACCCGUUCUGUCCACCGCCACCCACGUGUGAAACCCAGGAAGAAUUGAGCCCGUGCACGCCUACGCCCGAUUCAGUCUCGCGUCAGGAAGAGUCAGUAACGGCUAUUUGCUGUGGAGGUGAGUGUUGUAACAUCUCAGAUUCCGCACCAAUUGGGGGGUUUGGACCAUCCUACUGCUGCUUCGAUUUUCCCGGGGGUCCGCCUGGAUGGUCGUGUCAAAACACGAUCACUGGGUGCAGACGUCCUCUGCCCGGAUGUCCAGCAAAUGCUGAGUAUUUAGAUCCAUGUGCCGACGACUCAAUUCCGACAGGCAUUGGUGUGUGCUGCGGACCAGAGGUUAACGGCAAGCUCACCUGCUGCACCGAAGGCGACGUCUGUUGUGCCGACCUGAUCAACGGCGAAAUAGUCGGUUAUUCGUGCAAGACUACUGCUCAAUGCAACCAGGGCGAAUUGUGCAAAUUUCUCGGCGAUUGUCCGAACUCGCAACAAUACUCCACGUGCGGAAGUUGCGGUCAAGGCAACAAUGACUGCGCGUUGAGCUGUCAAGCCGGCGUCAACGCGCCGGAUCCUAACGACCCGUCGUGGAGUUGUGCCGCGACGGACGGAUGCGAUCCGAUCGCCGAUUAUAACAACUCUCCAAGCCAGGCCACGUGCGUAUGCAACAACGGUCAAUGUGGCGGCGCCACGCAGUGCAGAGGCGGCGGGAAUUGCUGCGCGUGCCAAGCGCGCGGUAGGUUCGGCGGCAUUGCGUGCGCCAAUCCGCCAGAUUAG